AUGGCGUCAAAGAAAGAUCAACUCUGUCAGCGAUGCUCAGACAUUGACCUCAACAAGGUCUUUUCAGGCGGAUACGAAACGCCUCAUCUGGUCAUCGAGCUUGGCGAUGUUCCCCAGGAGCAGCGCAAGUCAUUGUGCGGCCUCUGCCGGUUGAUCGCCGAAGCUAUCUACAGACCUUUCUGUAACGAGGAUCUUGCCUCGUAUCACGACAGAUGCGAUCUUUGUGAGCAGGUGGGCCCUGAGCAAGACGACGAACCCCAGCCAUACCUCCUCGUCGCCGUUGAGAUCCCUCUCGAGAAGAACAGGGACUCCAUUGGUCAUUCAGAGUCGUCCGAAUACAUGGACACAACGGAUAUGUUCAAGGUCAACCCCUCGCGCUCCAAAUCCCAGUCAAAGGUCUCUGCUGCAUUCCCAGCUGGGAAACUCGAGAAGGGGUCUUUCAUCGCCCUCAAGCAUCUACCCGGCUUUUUCAACCUCAAAUAUCCCAUCACCGGCCCGUCUAGUGCCCAGCCGACUCCCGGACUACAGUCUAAUACGCCUUUUCCUGAAAGAGUGCAAGAAGAACCAUUCAUCAUGCAAUUUGAAUGUCGACCGAGUCCCGAUCAAAACCUUCGCUUUAUUGACUGCAAGACGAGAAGACUCAGGAAGGCUACUCCUAAAGAUUCCUUUGUCGCACUGAGCUAUGUCUGGGGAGAGCGGGAUGAAGAGCUCUUUGAUGACAGUCAGCUUAAAAAGGGGAAACUUCCACACACCCCCUGGGUCGUCGAGGAUGCCAUGGGAGUGGUGACCCUGAUGGGAUAUCGGUACUUAUGGGUAGACAAAUAUUGCAUCCCACAAGGUGACGAGAAAGUCCUCCAUGAGCAUCUUUGUCAGAUGCACCUCAUCUAUCAGAAGGCAUUAUUCACCAUCGUAGCGGCAGCCGGCACACACGCGUGGCAUGGCUUGCCUGGUGUCUGGAUGAGAGAUCGACGAGAGCAGACGCAUGCGGAGAUCAAAGGCCGUCUCCUCGUCUCCGCAGUUGAGCCGUUCCUACCUACAUCGCAGUGUAAGUGGAACACUCGCGGAUGGACGUACCAAGAGGGACUGUUCUCACCACGCCAGCUCAUCUUUACUCCUCAUCAAGUGCUGUUCCACUGCACCGAAGGUCAGCAAUCCGAGAUAUUCACCGAGCCAAUCUCGUGGCAGGUCGAUAAACCAUUGUGCGUCCGCGACUUGUCCGUCUGGAACCACAUUGAAGCCUUCUCAAAGCGUGACUUGGCUUACGACCGUGACGUCCUCGACGCCAUCAAGGCCACAAUGAGCACAUACACCAGCGGUUCAGGCGGGCAGGCAGCAUUCUUGUGGGGAGUUCCAUUUGCAGAAUCACCGCGUCCCCUGGACAGCUCAGAAGUUCGUACCCACGCAUCCAGGCUCAACGAGGUCCCUAUUGAGUCUGCUUCUCAAGUCUUUUGUUACGGACUAGCUUGGAAGGCAUCCAGACGUAAUCCCGAAGCCAUAGCCAAGGCAUCACAGCGACGUACAUACUUCCCAACAUGGUCGUGGGCCAGUGCAGAUGGCUCAGUUGAGUUUCUGCCUACGAAAUGGCCAAGCAAGACCGAAAAUGGAUGGAUCAGCUCAGAACUCGCCGUCUCUAUCGAAGAUGUAGACGGACGAGUUGCACCCAUCUCUCAGUAUCUCAGAAAGGGUUAUCCCUCUGAGUCCUCGCGGUACCUGCAUGUGGACGGUUGGUCUCUCCGAGACGCGAUGAUUAUCGACCCAACACGUGGAGAGGCAUUGGUCGAGCUCGGCGAAGAAAAGUACAGGCUCAAAGGCCGGUUCGCGCUCGACCCCCUUUCGGGAGAACACCACAAAGAGGUUUGCGCAAUACUAUCUGAGACGCAAAACAUCAAGCGGCGCUGGGAAGCUCUCAUAGUUUACAUACCGAAAAGCUUCUACAAAACACCCUUUGUAGUCAUCUUGGUCAAGGUGGACGAUCCAGAGCGUUCCAACAGCGAUGUAUACGAGAGAGUUGGAUACGUCCACGAUCUAUACGUGGAAAGGAUCCCGAGAGUAGACAGAGAGGCGACUCGCCGGGUACAGGCCAUUCCGAAGCCUUCGAUGAAGUGGGCGAUUGAAGAAGUCAGGCAACUUGAGCUGGAGGGGGUUGAAGAUCCUCUUGAUGAGAAAGAGGAGUCCCUUGGUGAGGGUAAUGAAGAGGCCCUCGACGAGAAUGAAGACAUCUUUGAUGAAGACGAAGAUUUCCUUGAUCUCCUUAGGAAGGCAAACGUAGCUAUUCUUGGUGCGACCAAGCAGGCGACGCUUGAUAAACAAGAAGCACUUGGCGAAGGGAAGUACAAGAAUUCUGAGCGGCUUGACGAGAGCACUUUCGAGGUCAUCUCCAAGGCCGACGCAAAUUCGCCCGAAAGGAGCUCCCUCGGUAUUGACUUUGACGGUGGAGACUCCGACUGCGACUUGGCCUCGACAGACUCGUACGACAUGGGUGAUGAUUUCAUCACUUGCGAGGCCACAUGUGGUAGAGACCAGCGGUUUUUUAGAUGUCUGCCUCUGGUUAGACGGAAUCUUAUAAUAAGAUAG